AGGCCGGGAGUUGCCGGGAGAGGGGCGGGGGGCGGCCCUUUUCCAGGAAUUUCCGGGGAUCAAGUUACAGCGCUGGCGGAGGGAGAGCAGAGUGGGACGCGAGGCCCUGCGGCGGACUGGGCCCCUCGCCCCCUCCUGCAGCACACACUGACCCCGUGUGGCGGGGCCGCUCAGCGCCCCCCGGCUGCUCUGUUAUGGUAGGGCCGCCUCAACCCCGAGUUGUCGUCGGGUCUCCACGGCCUCGAGUUAUCGUAGGAACUAUCCGACCCCGAGUUAUCGUAGGGUCUGCGCGGACUCGGGUCCCCCCAGACGGGACUCCUCGCCCUCACUUGGAGGCCGAGGGGUCUCCCAGGCCCCGAGUCGUCCUAGGGACGCCCCGGGCCCGGGUGAUUGUGGGUUCGCCCCGGCCCCCGGUGAUUGUCUCAUCCCCGUGGCCCGCGGUGGUCGUAGCGUCCCGGAGGCCACGGGCUCCCGUAGGCUCCCCGUGGCCCCGAGUUAUAGUCGGGACCCCUCGGUCGCGGGUGAUUGUCGGGUCUCCACGGGCCCGGGUCGCCGGAGCGCAUCAGGCCUCCGCGCCUUCUCAGGGCGCCCCACAAGGACGCAGGCAAGAUGAACAUUCUGGCGCCGGUGCGGAGGGACCGCGUCCUGACGGAGCUGCCCCAGUGCCUGAGGAAGGAGGCCGCUUUGCACGUGCACAAAGACUUCCAGCCCCGCGUCACCUGCGCCUGCCAGGAGCACAGGACAGGCACCGUGGGCAGAUUUAAGAUCUCCAAGGUCAUUGUGGUGGGCGACCUGUCAGUGGGGAAGACUUGUCUCAUUAAUAGGUUCUGCAAAGACACCUUUGAUAAGAACUACAAGGCCACCAUCGGAGUGGACUUUGAGAUGGAACGAUUUGAGGUGCUGGGCGUCCCGUUCAGUCUGCAGCUCUGGGACACUGCUGGACAGGAGAGGUUCAAGUGCAUCGCAUCAACCUACUACCGAGGAGCUCAAGCCAUCAUCAUUGUCUUCAACCUGAAUGAUGUGGCCUCCUUGGAGCAUACCAAGCAGUGGCUGGCUGAUGCGCUCAAGGAGAACGACCCUUCCAGCGUGCUUCUCUUCCUCGUGGGUUCCAAGAAGGACCUGAGUACUCCCGCUCAGUAUAUACUGAUGGAGAAGGACGCACUCAAGGUGGCCCAAGAGAUGAAGGCCGAGUAUUGGGCAGUCUCAUCCCUUACUGGUGAAAAUGUCCGGGAGUUCUUCUUUCGUGUGGCGGCGCUGACCUUUGAGGUCAACGUGCUGGCUGAGCUGGAGAAAUCGGGAUCCCGGCGCAUAGGGGAUGUUGUCCGCAUCAACAGUGAUGACAGCAACCUCUACCUAACUGCCAGCAAGAAAAAGCCCACGUGUUGCCCGUGAUGGGUAAGGGACUGUCCAGAGACUGCCCGCCCCAGGGCACUGUGCCACCUUGACUCCCCCAGAAUUCAACCCCAGGACAUUUGCACUGACUGUUUUUCCAGACCAAAGAGCUGCCUCUUGGUGGCAGUAUUCCUGGAGAGGUACUUGGGACCGUGCUAGUCACUUCCUGCCCCCAGGCACUGUGUCAAAACCUGGAUGCCCCUCUCUCUCCAAGGUGCCCAGUGUGGGGAGGUAAGAGGGCCCUGCUGCUCUUACUCAGCCACUGGGCCCUCUAGGUUUCAGGAUGCUUAAUGGUCCUAGUCUCACACUAUGCCUUAUGCAUUAAAAUUUCUGUCAUUAGCA